AUGGGGUAUGGAAGGAGAAGCAGGAGGAUAUUGAAGAGGCAUUUAUUCAGUACUAUAAGGAGCUACUGGGUAGCACUUAUAUUACUGGGGCAAAGGCAAAAGAGGGUUAAGGCAGGCAAAAGAGGGUUAAGGCAGGGAGAUCCCUUAUCUCCACUGUUAUUUGUAUUAGCUAUGGAAUACUUUACUAGAAUUAUGAAAAAGAUGUGUAAAAAAGAGAUGUUUAAUUUCCAUUAUCAUUGUAAACAGCUUAGAUUAACACACUUAAUUUUUGCUGAUGACCUUAUGUUGUUUAGUAAGGGGGAAGUUAAAUCAGUUGUAAUGCUAGUAAGAUCUCUUAAAGCAUUUGCUAGAGUAUCUGGAUUGGAAGCAAGUCCGGAAAAAUCAGCAAUAUACUAUGGCAAUGUGAAGGAGGAAGUGCAAACAAGGAUAUUUCAAAUGACAAAGAUCAGCAAGGGUUUCUUGUUGCCUAGAAGUGUGAUGCAAAAGAUAACUCAACUAUGUAGAGCUUUCUUAUGGGAAGGAAAAACUGUACUGAAUAGAAGCCCUCCUGUAGCAUGGGAAUUAAUUUGCAGACCUAAGAAAUAUGGUGGAUUAGGUGUGCAGGACUGCCAAGUAUGGAAUGAAGCUGCAAUAGGGAAGUAUGUAUGGCAAGUGGCUCAGAAAGAAGAUGUUCUUUGGAUAAAAUGGGUUCACAACAUUUACCUCAAAGAUGAGGAUAUAUGGGAGUACAAUGCUCCUGAGAAUGCUAGCUGGGUGUGGAAAACUAUCUGUAAAAUGAAAGAUAAAUUCAAGGCAGCUUAUAAUGGCAUUCAAUGGAAGGAUGGAUCGAAGAAAUACACUAUAAAGGAGGGAUAUAAUUGGUUGAAAGGGCAACAGAUAGUUGUGGAAUGGCAUAGAUGGGUAUGGAGUAGUUUCAACCAGCCUAAACAUGCUUUUAUUUCCUGGAUGGCUAUGUUGGGAAAAUUGAAGACUAAGGAUAGGAUGUAUAAGAUUGGAGUAUGUGCUGAUGAUCUCUGUCUCUUAUGUGGACAAGACACUGAAACAUGCUCUCAUCUGUUUUUUCAAUGUCCUGUAAGUAGCAUCAUAUGUCAAGGGGUUAUGAGAUGGAUAGGAGUGAAGAAAUACCCUCAGGAGAACAUAUACACAAGCUGGAAGAGAUGGGGAAGGAAAUUCAGAAGGAAGAAACAACAACAGGUGAGCUAUGCUGUAUUGGCUGCCCUGGUUUACUACAUAUGGCGAUGUAGGAAUCAGGCACUAUGGAAGGAAGCUAUUAGAAGACCUGAAUUAGUGAUCAGAGAGAUUCAAAAUGAAGUCCUAAGAAAAGUGCAAACAUGUAUAGACAUGAAAUGGUCGAGUGAAGAUAGGAUCUGGAUACAAAAUUUACAGUUGUGA